AUGUCUUCACGGCAUCGAGCAGCGUUGAUUAAGAUCACAACCACAGCGACCGCAUCCACUCGUCUCGGCAGCCUCACCUCGCAACUGUCCCUCCGCCAGACUCCUUCAUCGCGCUUUAGUCUGAAUCCUACUGCAACCCGCACCAUGUCAUCCCUCCCAUCUACAAUGAAGGCUGUCUUUUUCUCCAAAACCGGCGGGCCGGAUGUCCUGGAGUACACCGAGUCUCAACCUCUGCCUAAGCUCGAGGACGGGCAACUUUUGGUGAAAAAUAACUUUGCUGGCGUGAACUACAUCGACACCUAUUUCCGCAGUGGCCUGUACCCCGCAUCCUACCCCUUGAUCCCUGGUCAGGAGGCUGCUAGUACAGUUGUAAAGAUUCAAGGAAAUAACCCGCUGGGAUUCAAAGAGGGGGAUCGCGUGGUUUGGAUAAAGCAAGGAAGUUAUGCUGAAUACACAGCAGUGAAUGCGGAUCGAACGAUUAAGAUCCCUGAUGGUGUCUCGGAUGAAGAUGCUGUUGGCGGUUUCCUCAUGGGAAUGACUGCUCUCUCGCUCAUCAAGGAGGCAUACCCUGUGAAGAAGGGCGAAACAAUCCUGGUUCAUGCUGCCGCAGGAGGGAUGGGGCUGCUCCUCUGCCAACUCCUCAGCGACAUGGGUUGUACUGUAAUUGGCACUGCCGGCGGCCCUGAAAAGUGUGCUCUUGCCAAGGAGAACGGUGCAACGCAUGUGAUCGACUACAAGGCCACCAGCGGGCCGAGUUGGGUCGAGCAGGUGUUGAAAUUGACCAACGGCGAGGGCGUGGAUUGCACGUUCGACGGCGUGGGCAAGGACACCUGGGAAGGCAGUAUGGAAGUCGCAAAGAGAAAGAGUAAGGUUGUGUACUUCGGUAACGCAUCUGGCGCCAUUCCUCCCAUCAACAUCGCACGUCUGACGGCGAAGAACCUCUCCAUCAUGCGUUCCACUUUAAUGAACUACAUCGUCACCCGCCAGGAACUUGAGACCUAUGCAAACGGUGUAUUGGACUUGAUCAAGGCUGGGAAACUUAAAAUUAAAAUUCACAAGGUGUAUCCGCUGAGCGAGGCGAAGCAGGCACACAUAGACUUGGAAGGACGGAAGACCACAGGGAAGUUAUUGCUGAAGUGUUAA